CACAUUUUAAUGACAUUUUAUUGUGCUCAGAUGGCUGAGGGCGAUAAGAAGAAGGUUGCCCGUAAGCAUGGCAGCCGUAACCCUGAGCUGGUCAGGGGCAUCGGCCGCUAUUCCCGCUCCGCCAUGUUCGCUCGCCGGGCCAUGUACAAGAGGAAGACUAAAGCUCCAGUGACGAAGGUGGAAAAGAAAAUCAAGGAGAAGAAGGUGAAGCAGAAGUCAAAGAAUCCCACCACGGCCAUCAAGACUGUCGGCGGAGACAAAAAUGGAGGCACUCGUGUUGUCAAACUGCGCAAAAUG